UGUACGUUCUAUCGCGAGUUAUGUGUAAUCAGUAUUUCUGCAAUUAUUUUCUAUUUUUCAGGUCAAAUAUCACAAAUUCUACACUCCAAAACACCAAUGAAGCAAUCAAAAUCCUAAACAUGUAAAACCUACAGGAUACACCUCGCAUCCUCGGUGGUACUUAAGUUUUAUUGGAACGAGGAAACGGAGCGAAAUAAAUGCGUAUGUUGUAUGUUUGGAUGUGAUUAUACGAGUUUCUUGAGUUACGAAUGCACAUUCGCUGUCAAGUAAUGAACAAACACUGGAUUUAAAGAAGACAAUUAAUGUUCCGGAGCCCCGGUGAGCUGACUCCGCUGCUGCUGCUGACGCUGGCAGCUGAACGGGCUGCAGACACCCAGCAGACACAACGGGGGGCUGACUCGGGCAAACCUGAAUCCGCGGAGUGUGGACGGAACAUGUCAUACAAACAUGUGAACGAGGUGCAAAACGAGCUGCUGCCGGUGCCCGAGAUCAAAGAGGAGUACGAUGCCGAGACCAACGAGGAACCCACACCCAACGAGGACGCGGCUGACGGUGAAAAAGAAGUACCAAACAAAAAUGAAGAAUAUGAAAAUCCCGAGGACCUCAGCAAAUACGUGAAGACUCAGAUGGACACCGACACAGAGGAUGACAUCCCGCUGCAAGACAUACAGUCGCUCCAGUCACUCAAGAAGAAAAAGAAGAAGUCCAAACAUAAAUCCUCUAAGAAGAAAAAGAAGAAAUACUUUUGUAACUUGUGCGAGAAGAAAUGCUCCACUAAGAGUACUCUGAAGGCGCAUAAGAAAACUCACGCAGAAAAGACGUUCAAUUGUGACGAUUGUGAUCGAACUUUCGCCACUGCGUAUAACUUGAAGUCCCACAAAAGGACACAUUCGAACGAGAAGCCCCACGUGUGUGACGUCUGCAGCAGGACUUUCAGGAAUAGCACCAAUCUGAAAAGCCACUAUCGUAUUCAUACGGGCGAGAAAAAAUACGCCUGCGACGUGUGCGAUAGGAACUUCUUCACAAACACCAAUCUGAAGACUCACAAGCGUAUACAUUCGUUGGAAAAACCCUUCGGAUGCGAUGUUUGCAAUAGAAGGUUUACUACGAAAACUAACCUGAAAACCCACUACAGGAUACACACGGGCGAGAAACCCUACGCUUGUGAUGUCUGCGACAAAAGAUUCUCUAGUAACACCAAUUUAAAGACACAUAAGCGUAUACAUACAGACGAGAAGCCUUACUCGUGUAACGUAUGCAACAGACGGUUCAUAACCAACACCAACUUGAAGACCCACUACAGGACUCACACCGGCGAGAAGCCGUAUUCGUGUGACACCUGCGAGAGAAAGUUCUCGAGCAUCACGAACUUAACCACCCACAAACGGACGCACACCGGCGAGAAACCGUACUCCUGCGAUCUCUGCAACAGCAACUUCCUCUACAAGAAGAGUCUGAAGACGCAUCGCGCGACGCACACACAGCCGGCGUACACCACGGCCGAGCACUACGCACACAACGACAUGCCCGCACAGAUCACACACAACAUGCACAUACCCAUGCAGCAUAUGCCGACUUCCAUGAUGAACUCCAUGACGCAGAGCCUGUCAAUGUCGCACGCUUCGUCACCCAUGACGCAUGCUUCGUCGCCGAUGACGCAUGUAUCGUCACCCAUGUCGCACGCUUCGUCACCGAUGACGCACGCUUCGUCACCGAUGACGCACGCCUCGUCGCCCAUGACGCACGCUUCGCACAUGUCGCCGAUGCACCACAACUCGCCGAUGGCCCACCACAACCUCCCCUCGGCGCACAACUCGAUGCACCACAUCUCGUCGCCCAUGCACCACGUGCCCAUGGCUCACAACAUGGCCAUGGCUCACAAUAUGGCGGUCCCGAUGGCGCACAGUAAUAUGCCCGUGCCCAUGGCGCACGCCAACUCUCACCUGUCCAUGCAUCCUAACAUGGCGCUGCCUAUGACCAAUGGCCUGCCCAUGGUGCACGGCUGCCUGUCCGCCACAUGAUCCUACGGCCUCAGUCGAGUCUCGCGAUACAACGACGACUAUAUCUUCACGUGAACACUGAAGUGGCAGCUGAAAAGCCCCCUUAAACAAUAACUUUGAUGAACUUUAUUGCUUAUUGUCACAAUUUUGACGUUUAACUUUUUAAAAUACAAUUAGAAACUUGUAAUGUGAAAUGUCAAAAUUGUGACUGUGAGCAAUUAAAUUCAUGUUCACAAAAGUUACAUAAGAAGAGGGCUGUACUGUGUAACACGAGUCCAAUUGCAUUAUUCUAAAUAUUAUUAUUUUUUAAAAAUUAUCUUAAAAAGAUUUUAAAGUUUAAUUGAGUCUAUAAGUGUUGCCUUGUUGGUUAUUUUAAUUGAAAUUAAAAAAAGUUUAUGUCCCAUUUUAA